AUGAUCUUACACACACCUUCAGUAUUCGUUUGUUCUACUGUUCGUUCCUCCUCUCUUCGUUUCUUCGUUCUUUCUCUUCUUUUCUCCUCUCUUAUUUACUCUUUCCUUCUUUCUCCUCUCUUCAUUCCUCCUCUCUUCGUUUCUUCGUUCUUCCUCUUCUUUUCUCCUCUCUUAUUUACUCUUUCCUUCUUUCUCCUCUCUUCAUUCCUCCUCUCUUCGUUUCUUCGUUCUUCCUCUUCUUUUUCUCCUCUCUUAUUUAAAUUUUUCUUUCUUUCUCCUCUCUUCGUUCCUCCUCUCUUCGUUUCUUCGUUCUUUCUCUUCUUUUCUCCUCUCUUAUUUAAAAUUUCCUUCUUUUCUCCUCUCUUCAUUCCUCCUCUCUAUUCGUUUCUUCGUUCUUCCUCUUCUUUUCUCCUCUCUUAUUUACUCUUUCCUUCUUUCUCCUCUCUUCAUUCCUCCUCUCUUCGUUUCUUCGUUCUUCCUCUUCUUUUCUCCUCUCUUAUUUACUCUUUUUCUUCUCCUCUCUUCAUUCCUCCUCUCUUCGUUUCUUCGUUCUUCCUCUUCUUUUCUCCUCUCUUAUUUACUCUUUCCUUCUUUCUCCUCUCUUCAUUCCUCCUCUCUUCGUUCUUACUCUCUUCGCCCCCCUCUCUUUGUAAAUAUUUCGUUCGGUCUCCUUUGAUUCUUUCUUUCUUUGUUUCUUUCUUUUCUCCUGUCUUCGCUCGUUCUCUCUUUCCUCCUCUCUUCGUCCUCUUGUCCUCUUUCCUUCUCCUCUUUGUUCCUCCUCUCUUCGUCUUCUCUUCGUUCGUCCUCUCUUCGUACUUCUCUUUUCUUUCCUCCUCUCUUCAUUCCUUUGUUCAUUCACUCUUUUUUCUUCCUUUCGUUGUUCUUACUUUAUUCGUUCUUCCUCUAUUCGUACCUCUUCGUUCCUCUUCCCUUCUUUCCUCCUCACUUCUUUCCUCCUCUCUUCGUUCUUUCUCUUCUUUCAUCCUCUCUUCUUUACUCCUCCCUUCAUUCCUCCACUCUUUGUACCUCUACUCUUCGUUCCUCUUCUUUUCUUUUCCUCUUCUUUUCUUUUCUCCCCUCUUCUUUACUCCUACCUUCAUUCCUCCUCCCUUCAUUCCUCCUCUUUUUUUUACUCCUCCCUUCAUUCAUCCUCUCUUUGUUCCUCUUCUCUUUGUUCCUCCACUCUUCUUUCCUCCUCUCUUCUUUAUUCCUACCUUCGUUCCUCCUCUCUUCUUUCCUCCUUUCCUCCUCUCUUCGUUCUUUCUCUUCUUUCAUCCUCUCUUCUUUACUCCUCCCUUCAUUCCUCCACUCUUUGUUCCUCCUCUCUUUGUACCUCUACUCUUCGUUCCUCUUCUUUUCUUUUCCUCUUCUUUUCUUUUCUCCUCUCUUCUUUCCUCCUCCCUUCAUUCAUCCUCUCUUUGUUCCUCCACUCUUCUUUCCUCCUCUCUUCUUUAUUCCUCCCUUCGUUCCUCCUCUCUUCGUUCCUUCUCUUUUCGUUCAACAGUUUUCUCUCUUCGAUUUUACUCUCUCUCUUCCUCCUCUCUUAGUCCAUCUUUCGUUCGUCUUUCCUUUAUCUUUUCGUUCCUCUUCUUUUCUCCUCUCUUCUCUCGUUCUAACUUCUUUUUUUCUCUUCGUUCCUCCUCUCUUCGUUCCUCUUCUCGUCAUUCCUCCUCUCUUCGUUUGUCCUCUUUUCUUUCUUCCUCUCCUCAUUCCUUCGUUCCCCCUCUCUUCGUUCCUCUUCUCUUUAUUCCUCCUCUCUUCCUUUGUCCUCUUUUCUUUCUUCCUCUCCUCAUUCCUUCGUUCCCCCUCUCUUCCUUCCUCUUCUCGUCGUUCCUCCUCUCUUCUGAAUCUGAAAAUUUUCUUUUCAAUUUCUCGUUUUCUUUUCUUGCUUUUUCAUGUCUUCUUUUACUUUCUAUGAAAUCUAUACAUUCAUACUUACAUUCUUUUUUUUUAUAUCCAUUCACCACUUUUUCUUUCUUUCUUUCUUUCUUUCUUUUUUUUUUUCUUUCUUUCUUUCUUUCUUCGUUUCAUUUUAUUUCCAACCUCUAUUUCUUUCUUUCUUUCUUUUUAUUUACCACCACUCAUUAUUUAUUUUUUUCUUUAUUUCUAUUUACUCACCAUCUUUCUUUCUUUCUUUCUUUCUUUCUUUCUUUCUUUCUUUCUUUCUUUAACCCUCUCUCUCCUUUUUUAUUUCCUUCUUUGUCUUGGUCUUCUUUCUAUCUUUCUUCUUUUAUCCACCCUCCCUUCCCGCCUUUGUUUCCUUCUUUCUUUCUUUUGUUUGGUCCCUCUCCUUCCUUCCUUCCUUUUUGCCUUUUCUUUCUUUCUUUCUUUCUUUCUUUCUUUCUUUCUUUCUUUCUUUCAAUACUUUGUUCACCUUCUCAAACUUUUUUUGUAUUUUUCUUUCUAUCUUUCUUACUUUCUUUCUUUCUUUUUUCUUCCUUCCUUUCUUUCUUUCUUUUUCUUUCUUCCUUCCUUUCCUUCUUUCUUUAUUUCUUUCUUUUUUUUGUUUAUCUUUUUUCUUUUCUUGUUUAUGUUUUUCUCUAA